CAAAAAAACCAACACAGAGCAGACCUUGACUAAGCUGUUUGCAGAAGAGCCCAGACUUACACAUGUAGCAUGCAACAGAGUGAGUCAGUUUUUUUUUUAUUUUUCAUUAGCUAGUUUUUGCAUACAUUUGGUUAACUUAGCUCAAGCAGCAGCUGAGUGGGAAACUUUCUUGGGAAGUUUGAUUUACUGAGGAUCUCACAGUUACAAGCGGCCGGUACAAUGGAUCUUGUAUUUGUGGUGGCGUUCAGCUCUUGGCUGGCUCCUGCACUGGGGUCAGCGUUUGGCAGGGAGGUAGUUGUCUCAGCAGCAGACGAUGAGAAAGACUUCGACAGCGCUUUUCAUUAUGAUUAUGAAUCUCUGAGAAUCGGAGGCCUGGUUUUUGCCAUCGCUCUGUUCCUGCUGGGCAUUUUCCUCAUCGUCAGUCGAAAGUGUACCUGUUCAAAGAGUGACAAGCCAAGACCCAGGAAUCCUGAAGUUGAAUCAGCUGUCCAGAAAGCUUAACUGAGGCUACAGAAAAACUGUUGCCUACUGGCGCCACCAGAUGGCAGCAAAUACCGCGAAGACGGCAGAGAACGAUCCUUUGAAGAGGACAGCAUUGAAUCUUUUUAAAUGACAUAAUCCAGUUGUUUCUUUCUUUUCCCUCCUUUUUUAUGUUUUUGUCAUUGAUAACUGUCACUAGAUGAUGUUUUAUCUUUAUACAGUAGGAGUAGUGACUCUCGUUUUUAUCUUCUGAUUUUCAAACAGAUGCUAGAUAAUAAAGCAAAUGUUUGAAAAAAACAACAACAACAAAAGUUUGCUUUGAUUUGUUUCAUCCUAAACAUUUUUGUUCUUUUUACCGGUGUGGUUGUAGAACUGCGAGUGUGGCCAUCUGGUAUGCUGCGCUCAUGUUUCUGCUGACAGUGCACACUGUUCAGUUACACAUGCAGUUGUAACUACCAGCAGUGUGGGAGGACUCACUGCAUUAUGCAGCAUUCAGAAAGAUUUUCUUUAAGCACUACAUUGCACCCUUCUUUGGUUUUCAAGCUGCUAAAUGGCAGCUUUACACUCUAGUGUGGUGGUAGCCUCUCUAAAGAGGAAUUACUACAUACGGCUAUAUUCCCCCGACACUGCAACAGAAAACACAGGAAGGGCUGCAUUCACUGCAUGCAAACUCCUCUCUCUGGACAUUAAUAGCUGGAAAAUAGGUACAAUUAUUCAGAUUUUCUCAAAGCAAAUGAUAUCAUUUCAUCUUAUUUUUCCCAUGAAUGAAAAAUGCUCACAAAAUAAGACUUUACAGUCCACUGUAGUUAGAUAUUGUCUCUUUGUUAUAUCCAUAUUUUUUAUUUUUUUGGGCUGGGCCACCAUCUCCUUUAAUCUGCAGCCUGUGUGCUUCAUCACUAUUGGGAUUGCCCCUCGAUUGCACCAGUAGAUGCGAAGAAUGGUUGCAGUUUUUCAUUGUCACCGCCAGAGGGACGCCUGCUGAGCUUGUACAA